UUGUUACAAAGCCUCGUUUGUUUUGUUUUUUUAAAACAUGGGAAUUGCUUUUUUUUUUUAAUGAACCAGCUGAAAAAAAUAGCCAAUCCGCGGCACAGAAACUAUAUAAAUGAUUGAGGCGGAGUUUGGUGUACACUGAGUGAGCGAAAGUAGCAUAUUCAGCAAAGGUCAUUCGCAGUGCGUCCUACACAGAGGAAUUAUAAAGGGGAACGUAUUUUUUAAAGGAGCGGAUUGUCUAUCUAUCUAUAGAAUUAUCUUUGUGUUUUAGGGUCCAAGUUAUUCAUUUCACACCAUGGCAUCUGUGGAUUUGGAGAAGCUGCGGAUGACUGGCGCUGGGAGGUCUAUCGCCGUGCUGACAAGCGGAGGGGAUGCACAAGGUAUGAAUGCAGCGGUCCGAGCCGUCACUCGUAUGGGAAUUUAUGUUGGCGCAAAAGUUUAUUUAAUUUAUGAGGGUUACCAAGGUCUAGUGGAUGGAGGAGAUGACAUUCAACUGGCAAACUGGUUGAGCGUCUCCAAUAUCAUACAGCUGGGUGGCACCAUCAUUGGCAGUGCCCGCUGUAAGGCGUUCACCACGCGGGAGGGGAGACUGUCUGCUGCCUACAACCUGGUCCAGCGAGGCAUCACCAACCUGUGCGUGUGCGGCGGGGACGGCAGCCUCACUGGAGCAAACACCUUCCAGACAGAGUGGCGUGGGCUGCUGGCAGAGCUCGUCGAAGCAGGGAAGAUCACAGAAGCCCUCUCCCAGCAGUACACACACCUGAAUAUCGUGGGGCUGGUGGGCUCCAUUGACAAUGACUUCUGUGGCACCGACAUGACUAUCGGGGCUGACUCCGCCCUGCACAGGAUCAUGGAGGUCAUCGAUGCCAUCACCACCACUGCUCAGAGUCACCAGAGAACCUUCGUGUUGGAAGUCAUGGGGCGGCACUGUGGGUACCUGGCACUGGUGUCGGCUCUGGCCUCGGGUGCAGACUGGCUCUUUAUACCCGAGUCGCCUGCUGCAGACGGCUGGGAGGAUCGCAUGUGCGAACGACUGGGGGAGACCCGCAGCAAGGGAUCCCGUCUGAACACGGUCAUUAUGGCUGAGGGAGCAAUCGACAGACAUGGCAAACCUAUUUCCUCAAACUACGUGAAAGAGCUUGUGGUGAAGCGCCUCGGGUUCGAUACGAGGGUGACUGUCCUUGGCCACGUGCAGCGAGGGGGGACACCGUCCGCCUUUGACAGAGUUCUGAGCAGUAAGAUGGGGAUGGAGGCUGUGCUGGCCCUGCUGGAAGCGACUCCAGAGACCCCAGCCUGUGUGGUCAGCCUGUCCGGGAACCAGGCCGUGCGCCUGCCGCUCAUGGAGUGUGUGCAAAUGACCAAGGAAGUGCAGAAGGCCAUGAACGAGCUGAGAUUUGAUGAAGCUAUACAGCUGCGUGGAAAGAGCUUUGAAAAUAACUGGAACAUUUACAAGCUGCUGGCACAUCAGAAACCUUCCCAGUCAAAGAGUAACUUCUCCUUGGCUAUUCUGAAUGUAGGGGCCCCUGCAGCAGGCAUGAAUGCUGCUGUAAGGUCUGCUGUGAGAGUUGGUUUGGCUCAGGGGCAUAAAGUCUACACUGUCAACGAUGGCUUUGAAGGACUGGCCAAAGGAGCGAUUAAUGAAAUACACUGGCGCGAAGUAGGCGGCUGGACUGGACAGGGAGGGUCCCUGCUGGGAACAAAACGAACCCGUCCCACAACUUAUCUGGAUAAGAUAGUAGAAAACAUUCGCAAAUACAACAUCCAGGCCUUGCUGGUUAUUGGAGGAUUUGAGGCGUAUGAAGGGGUUCUGCAGCUGGUGGAAGCCCGUGGGCACUAUGAUGAGCUCUGCAUUGUGAUGUGUGUUAUUCCAGCUACCAUCAGCAACAACGUGCCGGGCACCGACCUGAGCCUGGGGUCCGACACUGCUGUCAAUGCUGCCAUGGAGAGCUGUGACAAGAUCAAGCAGUCGGCCUCGGGAACAAAGCGGCGUGUCUUCAUCGUGGAGACUAUGGGUGGCUUCUGUGGCUACCUCGCCACCACCGCUGGCAUUGCUGUUGGAGCCGACGCUGCCUACAUCUUCGAAGAGCCUUUCAAUAUUCACGACCUGAAGGCCAACGUGGAGCAUCUCACUGAUAAGAUGAAGACAGAUAUACAGAGGGGUCUUGUGCUCAGGAAUGAGAAGUGCCAUCAUCACUACACCACAGAGUUUAUACACAACCUGUAUUCUGCGGAGGGGAAGGACAUCUUUGACUCCAGGAUGAACAUUCUGGGCCACCUGCAGCAGGGUGGAAGUCCUACACCUUUCGACAGGAACUAUGGCACCAAGCUGGGUGUGAAGGCUGUGCUCUGGAUCACUGACAAACUGAAGGAGACCUACAGACAAGGCCGAGUAUUUGCCAAUGCUCCAGAAACAGCCUGUGUGGUUGGCAUGAGGCGGAAGGUCCUCUCCUUCAACCCUGUCACAGAACUAAAGAAACACACUGACUUUGAGCACCGAAUGCCCAAGGAGCAGUGGUGGCUGAACUUGCGCCCAAUGCUAAAGAUGCUGGCUAAGUACCCCACCAACUUCAAAGAGUAUGUCACCGGCGAGAUUGAACAUGUGACCCGCAGAAGCCUCAGUAUAGAGACUGGCUUCUGAAGACCCAGCGCCCAGCCACUCCACCAUGAGCCCUGUGUCUCGCGUUCUGUAUCGGCCAGAGGAGACACAUGGUAGUAUCGCUCUCCCAAUAGCUCAAUACAGACUUGUGUUCCUCAGUCUUUCUGUUGCCAGUGCCUAAACCUUUCAAGCCUCAAAACCAUGACCGUCUAGAAAGACGACUUGAUGAAACGUUGCUGUAAGUUUAUUUUCAGGAUGUCGAAUGUUCUUUUAAAAGUGAGUGUGGAAAAGAAGGAAAAACCACUGCAAUCUUACAUCAAUUUUUUGAAAGGAGUUUUUUUUUCUUUCUUUUUGUAUUAUCAGAAAGCAAUCCUGUUUUCAAGCUUAGAACAGAUUGUAGUAUAAAGCCUGUGGUGUUUUUGGGUGUGCUUUUUAGCUUUUUGUGUGACUGUCAAUGUUUAGCUUUAAAAAGGGAUUAUUUCACAACACUGAUAACGGAGAUGGGUUUUUAGCAUUCUGGCUUUAAAGUGAGCUCAUAGCAAAAGGGUGGGUUCAGUUACCAGUACUUAUCUUGUAGUAAGAUUUCUGUUUGUUUUUGUGCUGAGCUGCCAAUUGUGUGACCUUAAUUGUUCCAACUCUCCUUUCACAAAGAUAAUGCAAAUCAUACUGUGGAGUAAAGACACUGAAUAUGUCCCAAGAAGCGGCCGUCCUUGCACUGUGUUGGGGGUAUUGGCAGUUUUGUUAGUCUUGCCGAACAGGCUGUAGGGUUUAAAUCGCAAUGCAUUACUUUCCCUAGCUUCUUGCUUUUGUAUGUGUUCCUGCAAUAUCUUUUUCAAUAUAAUUGCGAUUUUUGUUUUGAAAUGUAUUUUUUUUUUUUAUUAACAUAUCCCUGGUCAGUUUGGAUCAGUUAUUUUGGUUUCACAUCUGUUAUGCACUCUCACGACUCCAUUCACGAAGUUGAGCAUUUUGAUUGGUUCAUUUUGCCCGUCAUCUUUGCCAGGAUCCUACCUGCUUGCUGGUUAGAGCGAAGAUGCAAGAUAUACAGGGGGUGUACCUCCAAACAUACGACUAUUUAUGUUUGUACUAAAAACAUGCAUAUGACUGUCGCACAGAUAGCCUAGGCAGAGACCUCUGCUGUCUUUCUAAACACUGUUGCUUAGUGUAUAGAGUUCUCGCUUAACCCACCAAAACACUUGAUUUAUUUAUUGCCAUUAUACAGGGCUUUGUCAUGAAUAUUCAUAAACCUGGUCCCACCCCACUGAACCUGACAGGCAGGAUCUUGGCAAAGAUGACGGACAGAUGAACCAAUCAAAAUGCAGAACUGUCAGGAGUCAGGAACCAAUGAAAUGUUUCUGAUUUGAACAGGUUGGGUUCAGGCAGCUGAUGCUAUGAAUUCAGAAGACAUUUUGACAGGAAAACCUGAUGCAUAACCCAUGUAAAAAUGAGUCCAACCUAAUUUAUGGUCAAGGAUAUGUUAAUAAACAUAUCAAAACAAUCACAAUUAUGUUGAAAAAUAUUACAGGAAUAUAUACAACAAAGUAGAAAGCUAGAGGAAGUAAUGAGUUGUUUUGUAAACCUUGCAGCCUGUUCAGUAAGGCUGAGUAUGUUGCCCUAGAAACUUCUGACCCCAUGCAACUGAGCCAACAAUCUUAAUGAGGUGAAGUAUUCAUGUUGUAAACUCUAGAGGUCAAUGAGGUUAUCUGGAGUACCCCUGCUACAUGACUUGUUUUGUUUUUGGGUUUUUUUUUUUUUUUCCCUCUGUUUUAGAAAUUAGAUACCAAGUAAUUGGAAACAUUCCUGGAACAAAAUUUCAGCUAGAAUAGGUGCAACCUAAACACUAACUGCAUGUUUUUGUAUGUAUUUAACAGACAUUAAACAAUAUUGGUCACUUGUUAAAUGAAAUAAUAAUAAUAAAAAAUCUAUUAAAGAUAUAUUGAAGUAAAA